AUGGGAGGCAACAGAUCAUGGGUCACAGAGUUCAUCUUGGUGGGGUUCCAGCUCAGUGCAGAGAAGGAAGUGCUCCUCUUCUGGAUCUUCUCCCUGUUGUAUGUCUUCAGCCUGCUGGCAAACGGCAUCAUCCUGGGACUCAUCUAUCUGGACCCCAGACUGCACACCCCCAUGUACUUCUUCCUCUCACACCUGGCUGUCAUUGACAUAGCCUAUGCUACCAACAAUGUCCCCAAGAUGCUGGCUAACCUAGUGAACCACAAAAGAACCAUUUGUUUUGUCCCAUGCAUGAUACAGACCUUUGUAUAUUUGGCUUUUGCUGCUACAGAGUGCCUGAUUUUGAUGGUGAUGUCCUAUGAUAGAUACGUGGCAAUCUGUCACCCUCUCCAGUACACCGUCAUCAUGAGUUGGAGAUUGUGUGUGGUCCUGGUUGUCACUUCCUGGUCAUGUGGAUUUACCCUUUCUGUGGUGCAUGCAAUUCUUCUUCUAAGGUUGCCCUUCUGUGGGCCCAGGAAGGUAAACCACCUGUUCUGUGAAAUUCUGUCUGUCCUCAAGCUGGCCUGUGCUGACACCUGGAUCAACCAAGUCGUCCUCCUUGCGGCUUCUUUUUUUGUUCUAGUCGGACCCCUUUGCUUAAUGCUUAUCUCCUACAUGCACAUCCUCUGUGCCAUCUUAAAGAUUCAGUCCAAGGAAGGUCGCAUAAAAGCCUUUUCUACAUGUUCUUCACAUCUGUGUGUGGUGGGACUCUUCUUUGGCAUAGCCAUGGUGGUUUAUAUGGUCCCAGAAUCUAAUGAAAGAGAAGAAAAGGAGAAAAUGCUUUCCCUGUUUCACAGUCUCUUCAACCCUAUGCUGAAUCCUCUCAUCUACAGCCUAAGGAAUGCUCAGGUGAAGGGUGCCUUCCACAGAGCGCUGCAGAAGACAAGGUCCAUGUGA